AUGCUCAUCUGCUCGUGGACAGCUGAUACAAAAUGACAUUGCAGUGGAGUGCGGUUGCAUCAUUCUUGUAUGUGGAGAUUGGUGUUCUGGUCAUCCUAUGUCUGCCUUUCAUCUCCGCUCAAAGAUGGCAGAGUAUUUUCAAAUGGAGCAUCUGGAACCAUCUUUCCCAGUUCUGGAACAAGGGCUUUCUCACCAUGAUAAUAAUCCUCAUCGUUCUCUUCCUAGAUGCCCUGCGUGAGGUGAGGAAGUACUCAAAUGCUGACCAGAGCAAAGACGCCAAACUGCACCCCAACAUGUUUGACCACAUGCACAUGAAGCUCUUCCGAGCCCAGAGGAACCUCUACAUCUCUGGUUUCUCACUCUUCCUGUGGCUUGUCAUGAGGAGAGUCAUCACUCUGAUUAACCAGUUGGCCACGGCCGUGGGCACCAGCGCCGCUCUGCAGACUCAGGCUGAAAGCGCCAACAAAGCUGCCAAGAAAUACAUGGAGGACAAUGAGAUGCUCAAACAGGCACUUACAGACAGUAAAGGAGAAGGAGGGAAGACACAAGAUCCAGAAGAGAACAAACUGCUGGAGAGAGAGGUGCAGAGACUGACGGAGGAGCUCAAGAGCAGCACAGAUGCUCUGGAAAAGUCUAAGUCAGAUUUGGACGCCAUGAAGAAACAAACUGAAGGACUGACCAAAGAAUAUGACCGUCUCCUUCAAGGGCACCAGGAGCUUCAGAAUCAGCUGGACAGUGGAGACAAAAAAGACAACUAGGCAAGUGGACGCAUUGGAAACCUGUACGUUAUUGCACGAUAAUCACGAUCCUCCCACAUGCACUCACCUGGUAGCUUGACAUGCAAACUGUUAUGAGUUCUCAGUUCAUGACAUCACAUCCUGUCAGGUUUCCUGCUCGCCACACAUCUGAUGUAGCAGUUUUCUGGCUUUGAUCCCUCUGGUUUUGAUGUUAAAGCAGUGCAGCGCUGUAUUUUGAGAUUGCUGCAUAAUGCAGCUGUCUGUGAAUAGAGCGACUGAAACCCAACACUCAUUGAUGUGUUUACAGGAAACUGUAGGUUAUUUAGUCAAAAAGCUAUAGUGACUGAUGUUUGCAUGUCGCAUUGUGAUAUCCCUCGUAUUGCUUUCCUUCUCCUCUGCUCGAUUCUUUCCCUUAUUUUGUUUAAAAGUGCAUAUCAAACCAGGUUAGUCAUGCAACAUCCAGGGACAUGCAAACAUGAGUCAACUGAAGUACUUUUCCACAGCAAUAUUUCCAUUCAUAUUUUCCAAAGAAGGACAUAAUGCAAGCCUAUCCAAGAUGACAUAAAUUACAGGCUAUGUUAGUUAUUUGAUCAGCUUUAAUUAAGAAGAAUAAAACCGUAUACACACAAACAACAGGUAAGAAGUAAACGCAUCACAAUGAGACCAUUUAUUUCCAGGCUGAGCAAACAGUCUGUUAGCGAGCGGUUAGUGUGUUUGUUCUCGAGUCUGGAGAGGUAGGUCAAUUACACCUGAGUUCAAAUGCUGUUAGUUGUUAAACGAAUGCUGAAAUGUGAAAUUAAACAGAUUUCACAGUCCAAUAGAGACAAGUGAUCAUUUCUUAAUUUUGAGUCCAUUUGAGGUAGAUGGCUUUGUGCUAUCGAUGCUUAACAUUUUUUAAUCUUACAUAACAUGUCCAGGCCAUAUUUCAACCCCAUUUUGUAUAAAAGAAAAUUAAUGUAU